AUGAGGAUCACAGCUUACUGGACGAUAGUCCUUCUAAGGAUUGUGGACAAUGUAGCACUUCAUCUACGAUUCUCUGUGAUCAACUUGGUCGAAAAGGAGCUGCCGAAGGAUAUCGUUGCAGAGAUGGCGGAUGGGGAGAUACUGAGGAUGCUGGAGGAGACUCCGUCUGUAACAAGCAAGAGAGAGAAGCUUAAGAGCAGUAUCAAGCUUCUGAAGGAAUCCAAGGAUGCAGUGGCCGCCAUUGCUGAUCAGAUCUCUGGUUAUGAAGAGGAGAAUUGUUCGAAGCAUGUGCCAGAAUUAGAACAUAUCUGUGGGAGGCCUUUGGGACUUCACUUCGAGAAGAAAUCGGGAGAUCUCUACAUCUGCGACGCCUACUUCGGCAUUAUGAAGGUCGGUCCAGAGGGAGGAUUGGCCGAGAAAGUUGUAGACGAAGCCGAAGGUCGAAAGUUUACAUUCACCAACCACUUGGACAUCGACGAGGAAGACGAUGCCAUUUACUUCACUGAUAGCAGUGACACGUACCAAAUCAGGACGGUGCUACAACUGUUUCUAAGCGGUGAGAAGACGGGAAGACUGAUAAGAUACGACAAGAAGACGAAAGAGGCCAAAGUUCUGAUCGACGGCCUUCACUUCCCAAACGGUGUCUCCCUUAACAAGGAUGGAUCGUUCGUGAUAGUAUGCGAGCCGGCGGCCCUCCUCGUCCACCGCUACUGGCUCAAGGGCCCGAAGGCCGGGACACGAGACGUCUUUGCCAAGAUCCCUGGCUACGGCGACAACAUCAGGAGAUCUCCCACUGGCGAUUAUUUCUGGAUCGCAUUGCACUCAAAGGCAUGCCCUUUCGGCCGGUUCGCUUUGCUCCAUCCGUGGAUCGGGAAGUUCGUGAUCAAUACCUUCAAGCUCGAGCUCAUGCUUUACCUCUUCGAAGGCGGGCUUCCUCACGCGGCGAUCGUGAAACUCGGCGAGAACGGGGACAUUCUUGAGGUUCUUGAGGACAGCAAGGGACGGAACAUGAAGUUUGUGAGCGAGGCUCUGGAGAAAGACGGACAGCUUUGGAUCGGAUCCGUGUUUCUGCCUUUCGUCUGGGUUUACGAUCUCAACUGAUUGUUUCUAUAUUACGUUUUUAUUGAUGUGAUUAUCUAAUUUAAGACUGCAUGUUUUAAAAAACACAGCUUGUGUGUGAUCUUUUUUUUCUUUUCUUUCCGCAGAUAUUAUGUGUCGGAUAACCUUGGAUUUUCUCUUUAUUUGAUUUUUUUUUUGUUA